CAUUCUGAUUGGUCAAUGGAGCUGUACCUCAAUCACAGUGGAGGUCAUGUAUGCGGUACCAAAAUAACAGCAUGUCCUGUGCAGCACGAGCAGCUGUUUAUCUUCCACUUGUCACAAAUAAGGAAGAAACCCUUCUACAUCAGUACCAUAUUUCCCCAAAGCAGUUCUCUACACUGUACUCCUCAUCACUUUCGGUGCAAAAGCCUGGCUCCAUGCACGUCCCAGUCCUCAGCUACUGUAACACAGAGAUGUACAGACACGGCAGACCCGGGUCCUCCACCUCCUCCAACUUGCUGCUGUAUGAGCGGCUGCCAUAACUGCGUGUGGAUCGAGUAUGCUGCAGAGCUGCUGAAGUACUACAGUGAUGGUGGAGAAAAAGCACUGGCUGCCAUGGAAGACCAUGUUCAUGACGAGAAUCUUAAGACUUACCUCAAAAUGGAGAUCAGGCUACUAAAGAAAUCGUGAUUUUCAUACUAUGUAUCCCUUGGAUGUCUUUAUUUUUUUUUUGUACCUGUCACAAGGUGAAAGUUAUAUGAGAUAGAAAUGACACCUUAAAAGAGUGUCAUUGAAUGACACUGACUCUUGAGCCAGUCUUGCUUGUAGUACCAUGGGUCAGUUUGCAAAAGCCUUUGAAUGUGCAAUACUUAAAGUGUUAUUCUUUAAUACUAGAGUCCAUAUCUGAUACAUCCAUAAACAUACCUGAUCAACCAUUUAUUACACAAACGCCCAUGUAUUUAAAUAGACUUUUUAGAAGUGAAUAUUUUUCAGUUUGCAUUUGCUUUAAUGCAUUUAGCAGGCACUUUUAUCAAAAGUGAUUAGCUCAAAGUUAGGGACUUACGUAAAUCGUAAGGCAGUCCUAUCUUAUGACCUCUAGCUCAGAACUCCAAGAAAUACAGGUUUCAAGUGUAUAAAAGUUUAUGCAUAUGCUUAUAAAUAAUAUCAUAAAUAGAUACUCUGUGUGUCUAAGGGAAAAGGGACCAUCCACACCCCUGAUAAGAAUUAAUAUGUAUAUUGUGUUUGGUUAUGAAACAUGUGGGAAUAAACCAAGUAGAGAUGCUUAGUGUGUCAUGCAAUGGCAUUGUCUGUAUCUGCAUAGUGCUCUAAAUAUUCAUGUUUUUAAAUGAAAUAUAUUCUGGCUCUGACAGUUCCUCAACCCCAGCUCAAGAGAUGUGACUGCACAAUUGUUUAUUAAUCAUGCUCACACACCUGUUUGUAGUAUUUUCUAAUGGACUAACCUGGUUCUGUUCCAGGUAAGUGGUAGAUAAGUGUUUAAAGUGUUGGUCUACUGAUUGGAAGGUUGUGAGUUCAAAUCCCUGGUCCAUCAAGCUGCCUCUGAGCAAGGCCCUUAACCCUCAAUUGCUCACUUGUAUCAAAUGAGAUAAUAAUAAAAAAGUCACUCUGGAUAAGGGUGUCUGCCGUAGCCCUGACUGGGCAGUCACUAAGGAUGAAGGAUUGACUGCUAAAUGCACCACAAAGCAACCCUACUGUAUGUUAAUGGCAACAAAUGUGGUCUUUCUUUGUCCCACAAGCUCCACAUCUGACCUUUCAACCUCACAAAUUUAAAAGCCUUGUACCUGAGUGACCAUUUAGCUGUCUGCAGGAUUCCAGUCUCAAUGCACACCAAGAUACUCAGUGUGGCCAAGACUUCUACAAAGUAAUGCACUUCCUAUUCAUAUUUGCUUGAAUCUGUUUAGAAGACAUUUGUUCAUUGUAUUGUGCUCAUAAUCAGUUACAUGCAAACUUUCAAGGUAGCCUGAACAACUGAACUGGGAAUUUCCAGAAGGGUAAAGUAUCACACUUUUUUGACAGGUUGCAGAUUAAAUAUUUAUUAUUAAGAAUUUAACUACAGUCUUUAUUUAUUGUAAAUGAUGUAUAUGUGCUUUAUUAAAAUGACAAAAUAUAUACGAUUAUCUCCAUGAUAAAAGUGUGCUUUCUUUACCACUGGCUAUUUUCAGUGAUCAAAUCUAGAAGUGCACAGCUGACCGACGGCUGAGUUACUAAUUCAUCCCGAAGGUGUUCUAUGGCGUUGAGGUCAGGACUCUGUGCAGGCCAGUCAAGUUCCUCCACACCAAACUCUCUCAUCCAUGUCUUUAUGGACCUUGCUUUGUGCACUGGUGCGCAGUCAUGUUGGAAGAGGAAGGGGCCAGCUCCAAACUGUUCCCACAAAGUUGGGGGCAUGAAAUUGUCCAAAAUGUCUUGGUAUGCUGAAGCAUUAAGAGUUUCUUUCACUGGAACUAAGGGGCCAAGCCCUGAAAAAAACACUUGAAUUUGGAAGGAUGUCCCAAAACCUUUGCCAGUAUAGUAUAUUGAGAACCAUAUGUAUUGAUUUUUCACAUGGGGUUGUCAUACAGAAUUUUCAACAGAUUCGUUGACAUGCAUGUACAUCCAUUUUUUAUGAAGCCUGUAAUAAACUGUUGUAAUAAAUUGU